GGUUGAAAUAUUCAGAGAAGGCAAUGGGUUGGCGAUUUGAAGCAAUAUUUUGGGCUUCGGCAGCCUGCAUCCUGAGCCUGUUCUCAGUAUUAGCCGCUGAAGACCCUCCAAAAGUAAGACUUCAAGAAGGGUUCCCCAUUGAUUGUGAUAAGCUGCCGAAAGACAGCCCAAGUGGUGUUUAUGUAAUUAAGCCCCACACAUCACCUCCACUGGUAGUCUACUGCCAUGUGGAUGAGGAUGGCAAGGGUUGGACUGUAAUUCAGAAGAACUCAUAUAAGACUGAACUCACAUGGCUUGAAUCUUGGACCACCUACAAAUAUGGCUUUGGAAAUGUGAUGCAGGAUUACUGGCUCGGCAAUGAGUACAUUCACCUUCUCACCUCUCAGAAGGUCUACAUGGUUCGAUUCCUACUAAAAGACAAAGCAGAGAAGGAGUGGCACGCCGAUUAUGAUAUCUUUAGUCUUGACAAAGAAGUUAAUGGAUAUACACUUCGUUUAGGCAGGUACUCGGGCACUGCAGGGGACUUUCUUUCCACAUUUGACACAAGUACUAUCCAUGAUAACAUGAAAUUCUCUACAAAGGAUAAAGAUCAGGACCGCUCAACCAGUAACUGUGCAGCAUCCCAUGGUGGCUGGUGGUAUGAUAACUGCUACAUUGUCAUGCUGAAUGGCAAAAGCCACAUUUACUGGAAGAAUGUGUGUACUGGAGAUUGCGCCCAAUCGAUAAUUAUGGUCCGACCUACAGGUAUUUGCUGAAGACAAUACAAAAGAGAAAUGGACUAUGUGUUAUAGCAGCAAACUGUAUGAAAGUUCAUGAUUAUGGUGUAUGAGUACUACUCUGAUUAUGUUCUUUCUGCUCCAUAAAAAUAUUAGAAAAAAAUAAAUAAAAGCACUUUAGUUUGCAGCAAU